CGCAAUAACAAAAAUACAUUGUCCGGUGCAUUCGACGGCGAACAGUCGACGCGCGAGCAUCCCGUGGAGUUCGGGUCGUUGACGUACGGACGAAGAGGCAAAAGAGAGAGAGAGAGAGAGAGAGGAGGGAAAGAGAGAGAGAAAGAGAGAGAGAAGGGAGGCGAAUCAGAAACGAGACGGGAGAACGAAAGAGAGCACAAGGGGCGUCCAGCGUUUUUCCAGUCGCUCGUGCAGCAGCGGCGGCGAUAAAGCGUAUAUUCCUAUUAUCUCCCGUGCGUGUGAACGUCGCGCGUCGCACGACUCAGUGUUUCACGUAGCUCAUCGGUACACAUAGUGAGAGUGACGAAAAUGGUGUCCGGCGGCAUGGCUUGCGUCAAGUACCUGCUGUUCCUCUUCAACCUGAUCUUCGCGAUCACCGGCAUCGUAUUUAUCUCGGUGGGCGGGGUGAUUCUGGUUGUUUACAGCGGGUACAGCAAUUUCGUGGAUAGUUGGUUCUUUGCAGCCCCGCUCUUAAUGAUAGUAGUCGGCAUCAUAGUCUUCCUUGUAUCAUUCUUUGGAUGCUGCGGCGCUGUAAAGGAGAAUCAUUGCAUGAUAAUAACGUUCUCGGUCUUGCUGCUGCUGAUAUUUGCUCUGGAAUUGGGCGCUGGAAUCACAGGUUACAUGAUGAGAGGCGAAGUUGCUAAUAUGUUGGAAAACCGUUUGAACGGUACUUUGCGACAGUACGAUCUUAAUCCGGAUAUUCGUCGUUCAUGGGAUAUCAUGCAGCACGAUUUACAAUGCUGCGGUAUGAAUAGCCCUGCAGACUGGCCGCAUAUUGGUUUCCGUGAUAAUACUGUUCCCGAUUCUUGCUGCAAAGAAAUUCCUACUCAGAGCCGAUGCGAUUUGAAUUCGAUUCACGUGUACGGUGACGGCUGCAUGUUGAAACUGAAAACUGCUAUAGAAAAUAACGCUAUGAUCCUGGGGGGAGUGGGCAUAGGGGUAGCCCUCAUACAAUUGAUUGGAGUAGUCUUUGCGUGCUGUCUGGCUCGCUCAAUUCGCCGCGAGUAUGAGACUGUCGAAACCACAGCACACUGAUCUGCCAUCAAUUAGGAGGCAUUUUUCAUAAUAUUGUUCAUCAUACAUUGAUUAAUAAAUACUUGUAGAUUCAUUACGACCGUAAUCAUUCUUAUUGUGCUUAUAAAUAUAUACUCAAAGAGGAAUGAUGUCACAAGUAUUUAGUGUACAGCGAUAUCUUAAGUUAGUGAUGUUUCGGUAUGUAUGUAAUGCAUGCGAAAUUACAUACUUUAGAGAGAAUGCAAAUUGGCAUCUCUCUUCGCUUCGCUUUUUCUUAUAAAAUGGAAAAAAAAGGAAACUGAAUAGCAAUACGCAUUGAAUAUUAACAUAUCCUGUUAAAUUUAACAUCAAAUUACUGCCAAUGUCUGCCAAAAAUAUAAUAUCACAUGCAAUACGCGAGAAGAAAGGAAAGAGAACAGCUAGUCGAAAAUGUAUACGAUCCCGUUUACAGAGAUUACCAACGAAACGUUGAUCAAUUUUGGCACACGUAUGACAAGGUGCCUGUUAAAUUAUGUGCCAUGAUGUAACGUCUGAUCUAUUUUUUCAUGUGAUACGUUUAUACGAAGUUUGGUAAUCUUUUGCGAAUUAUAUACAAUCUGUAUUGUAUAGGAAAUAGCAAUGUAGCCAUCAUUCCUCUUAAUUUUUUGCCAGAUUUAAACGAAAUGAAAAAAACAAGAAUGAGCUAUUUCUGCAUAAUCUUCCUCAGAGUGCAGAAUGAACAAAUUGUGUAACGGUUAAUUGCAAGUAAACUUGUGUUCUGAUAAUUUAAUAUUACCAUAAAAUAGUAUAUAUUAUAUUUGAGUACACGCAGUCUUGGCAUCUGUUUUUAAUGCCUCCUCAUCUCUUUCUCUCGACAAAAUACAGUCUCUAAUACUUAUAAUAUAUACGAUGUUGUAGUAAUCUUGUAUUAAAUUUAUAAUGAUUUUCUGUGUUCUACAAAGAAAACAAAAUGAAAAGGCAGUGUACUCUUAUUCGUAAUCGACGGUGCCCCGUGAAAUAUAUAUACGUAUGCGUGUAUAUAUAGUGUCAUGUAAUAUCAGAUGUACACAAAAAUUCUGUACAUUAUUGUACCAAUGAUGUAACAAAAUUAGCGCAUCUUAACAUCUAGCUCGAUUUAAAUGGAGUAUCAAAUGGAAGCUAGCUCUAUCCUGUCAAUAAUUUAGCUUGUAAUGUCGGUGAACUCUGAUAUUGAUUCUCUUGCGCUUCAUUGUAUUAUAUGCUAUUGACAGUCUAUUGCUGCAAAAACAUUUGUGCAUGUUUAGUGCUAAGUUCAUUCGUAUUUGGGACCAAAGCAAAAGGAUUAACAUUAUUUUUUUCUGAGUAACAAGUUACUUCUGAAAAGAAAUAAAUGAGAUUCAGAACAAUUAUGUGAUACAUUAAAACUAUGAAAAGACCUCUCUUGAACCUUAUUCAUAGGAUUCCAUCUUCCAGUAUUGAUCUUUUGAUAAUAUUGGAAAAGGAAUUAAAUGAGAAUGCAUUACAAUAUAAAUGUAAAACUACUUAUUCAUUUGCUUCCAUUUAAAGGAGAAACAUUUUUGUAAAUGCAACUCAAAAUUGAUGCCAAUUGGAUGCCGUUGAAUAACAUUACGUGCGUUUUAAGUACAUUGAGGAUGUACAGUAUUCUUUUUAAGAUUUAUACGUAACAAA